AUGCUGAUUGCAUUUUUUAUAUCAAUAGCCUUAUUUAUAGUCGUGGUGGAAUCAGAUAAUGUUACUAUAACAAGGACGUAUCAUUCUUAUGACUCCGAUGAGACCUACCAACGAUUCAUUCAAACAAUCUACAAAGAAAACGCGGCGGUUUAUUUUGAUUCGUUCGAAUAUGAUUAUGAUAUUCACUACAAAAUCCGUCACGAGCAUCCCCUGGAAUUCGAGAAGUACAAGUAUUAUUGGAGUGAGAAUCAUGAGGAGCUCAAGGAAUAUCGGCAUUUGUGCGAGUACUAUUUCUCAGGGCAUGAUUCCUUAGAGUUGUUCAGGACCCACUACCCCAACAACACUCAACCCAAAUCCUUCUUCUUCCACUGCUCAUUCCCCUACUCUUGCAUUGGAAUCGAGUGCCAAAUCGAGACCCGAUUCGUGUUAGGUGUCAUAUUCGUCCUGGGCCUCAUUCUCUCCCUCUACUUUGCCCGAAAGUGUAUAAUGAAGGAGAUCAAGCAAAUGGAGAAGAUCCGAGACCAAUGCACCCGGCCACAGUACCCACGGGGUCCCCGAUUCAUGCCACCGAUGACUCCUCUGGAAGCACCACCACCCUCAUAUAACGUCGUGUUCUCCUCCACGUCACCACCGUCCUAUGAAUCUGUGGUCAGGGAUAAGGUGACAUACACCUUACCGUCUUAUAGUUCGGUUGCCUAA